AGUUAUUCAAAUAUUGUCUUAACAUUAAGGUAGUGAUGUCAACAUUUCAAGUGACAAAAUUACUAUAGUUAGUUGAAAAAUGAGGAACUAAUCGCAUUGACUACAAAAAUUCACGUGAUGACACCAGAUAUUAUCCAGAAUAAAUUUAUUGUUCCAAAUGUUAACUACAAUAUGAUAUCUUGUAGGCAAAUAUUUUAGGGUGUCGGUCUUUGAUGCUUUUCCGUUAUCUGGCGUUGAUGCUCAUUUUAAGCACUUGUCUUGUAUACUAUCUACUCUCUAUAUAUUAAGAAUUUUCUCCUAGACAUUGCCAUGUCAAAUAGUUUUGUCACAAUUUGGAAAGAAUAAUCUCUUUAGGUAUCUUAGCAAAUAUAUAUAUAUAUAUAUGCCAUGUCAAACAGUUUUGUCACAAUUUGGAAAGAAUAAUCUCUUUAGGUAUCUUAGCAAAUAUAUAUAUAUUAAUGCCUGGAUAUCAGGCAUAGCUAACUGAGAAGGAUGGAAGUUUUUUUUAGCCUAUGGACAGCAAUGAUUAUAGGAAUAAUACCCUUAGCAGGUUGGGUGCUGUGGCGGUGGAACGAUAUCUGGUAUGCUGUAGCAUGUGCUGGCGGCAAGAAGCUCCCUCCAGGCCACAUGGGACUUCCAUUCUUCGGAGAGAUGCUGUCUUUUAUAUGGUACUUCAAGAUUGUUCGUCAUCCCGAUGAGUACAUAAAUAUUAAACGUCGUAGGUAUGGUGAUGGAGUAGGACUCUACAAAACCCACCUCUUCGGUUCACCAUCCAUAGUAGUUUACUCUCCAAUGGCCAUCAAAUUUGUACUCCAAGAGCCCACUUUUUCACCAGGAUGGCCCUCUUCGAAACUUAUGGGAACCACAAGCCUUGCUGCAAUGGAAGGAGAUGCCCAUUCUAGGAUGAGAAGCUUUGUUGUAAGGGCUAUCAACCACCCUGAUGCUCUCCAUAGGAUCACCCUCACGAUCCAACCCUGUUUAAGGGCUGCCCUUGAGUCGUGGGUACAAAAGGGUAGAAUCGUUGUAUUUAACGAAGUAAAGAAGGUAACAUUCGAAAUCACUGGCAAAUAUUUUGCCAGCUUUGAGCCUGGCCCUCUUUUGGAUACACUAAUUGAGUUGUUUUACGGAAUGUUGAACGGCAUAAGAGCUUAUCCUGUUAAUUUACCUGGAACUGCUUAUCGUCGUGCUCUCCAGUGUCGUUGGAAAGUCAUUGAAAUUUUUAGAGAAGAAUUGGAGAAGCGGAAGAAGUUCAACGCUACAAACGCCAAAGAUGACCUAAUGGGUGGGCUGAUGCAAAUGAAAGAUGAGGAGGGGAAACCAUUGCGUGACAUCGAGGUUCUCGAUAACAUUGCCGGCCUUAUUAUAGCAGGCUUUGAUACGACUUCUCUUGCUAUUACGUGGGGUUUCUAUUAUCUUGCCAAGUACCCUGAAGUUCUCAAAAAGCUUCGGGAAGAGCACUUGCCGAUUAGCAAGAAACUGAAUGGGGAUUUCAUUACAUAUGAUGACAUCUCAUCAUGCAAGUAUACGAACAAGGUGGUCGAAGAAAUAAUUAGAUUGGCCAACAUUUCAGCCUGUAUUUUUCGAAUAGCUAGCAAAGAUAUCAACUAUAAAGGUUAUAAAAUUCCGAAAGGUUGGAAGGUAAUCAGCUGGGUUCGAUACCUUCACACAAAUCCGGAAAAUUUUGAUGAUCCAAUGUGUUUUAAUCCAGAUAGAUGGAGCGAGCCACCAAAGAUGGGAACAUAUUUAGUUUUUGGAGGAGGACCAAGAAUCUGUGCAGGAAGCAAGCUGGCUCGACUGCAAGUCGCAGUUUUAAUUCAUCAUCUGGUUGUUGGAUACAGAUGGGAGCUCGUGAAUCCUGAAGCAGAAAUUACUUAUCUCUCGCAUCCAAAGCCAGCAGAUGGGGUCGAGAUCAAUAUCAGCAAAAUUUAAGUAGCUUGUACAUACUAUAGUAAUUUUAUUGUUUCUCAAGUUUCUUCACGAAAAUUAACUUCAGAAGUCAGUUCGGGUAGUGUACAAAACUGUUGGUUCAUGACAUCCUAUUGCCCCCAAGUAAUUAUGCUGGUGUUCUGUUCCAACCUCUUUGAGCUUCAUUUAAAAAAUCCAUCCAGGAUCAUGAAAUCCUAUGUAUGACUGCCUUUAGUUGCCUUAAUCUUUUAGUUUAUGGAAACAUAUAUACAAUUCCGGAAUCAUAAGAGCAACAUUAUAUGUUUUUUGCUCUUCAUUGUCAGCA